UCCGAGCCACAAGAGGAAUUAAUCUCUGGAGGCAUGCAAAGCUGCAGGAUCCAGGCGAUUUGCACAAAAAUAACCCAAAAGUGAAAGAAAAGCACAGACUAACCCUCCGGCGAAACUAUUUCACCAAUCUAACCCUUUUGUGUGGCGCCCCUCCCACGGGCGCCACACAUGCCCAUGUGGCUCCCCUCCUGCCGGCGCCACUGGCCCAGCCGACGUGGCCCCCUCGCCGCUGAGCUGGUGCGCCCGUCCGACGUGGCAGCAUGUGUGGCGCCCCUCCCAACGGCGCCACACAUGCACUUGUAAUCCCCCAAAACAUACUGUGAGACAAUUCCUCUGGGACUUAGCCGUUUUGCGAGGCUCUAUGUGUGGCGCCGAUGCCACGGGCGCCACACUAGCAUGUGUGGCGCCGAUGCCACGGGCGCCACACAUCCACUUAAGUGUGGCGCCCGCGCCCAGCCCGACCCAGCCAGUUCUUCUCUCUGUUUCUUCUCUUCUCCCAGGAAACCGCCGCCGCCGCCCGACUCCCCUUCGUCCCCCCCACCAAAUCGACCAAGCAAUCGUCAGAUCCGGCCGGCCAAGUCCUUCCUCCUCCAUUCCUCAAGGAUGGUGUGGCUUCUGGAUGAAGAGUACGACAGGGUGCACCGGGCUGUUCAUAUGAUGGAGAAGGGAAUGGAUCUUCAACCUUUGAAGAUUCGUUACCAUGGCACAUCGGAUAUACCGUAUGACGAGAGGUACACGGAGUUCAUCCGGCCUACCGGUCUUCUCCCGUUCAUAUCCCUUGUAAGCCGUGGGGGGCCACUCAUGAACCCCUCGGCACUCACCGCCCUUGUCGACCGGUGGAGGCCGGAGACUCACACCUUCCACCUGAGGGCCGGCGAGAUGGCCCCUACUCUACAGGAUGUUUCCAUGAUCCUUGGACUACCUAUUCAGGGCGAGCCACUGUGUAUGAACACAGCUUCUGAUGGGUGGCGCCAGCAGAUGGAGGUGCUUAUUGGCAGGGCUCCUCCGCCGCCAGCAGAUCCAAAGAAGAGAGCUCCCGCCGGCGCGUCUUUCGAAUGGAUCAGGACUAACUUUGGAGAAUGCCCGGAAGAGGCCGACGAGGACACUCGGAGGACGUACGCCCCCGCGUGUACUUAUGGUACAUGAUUUCGAGGACUCUCUUUCCUGACAGUGGGGGGAAGCUGGCCCAUUGGUGUUGGCUGAAGGCGCUAACGGUGUUGGAUGGCCGUUGGA